GCCGAGGUGCCUACUGUAAUCCGAUACACGCUCGCGCGCACGGCGUGCACGCACACCGGGACAGGGGACUGAGUGAGCAGUCAUGCUCGCUGCCACAAACCCGGCUGAGAUCGGAGGGGAAGGAGCGCACUGCCGGAGCUGCCGAGAGAGGGAACGAGAGAGAGAAAGAGAGAGAGACAUACACUGAGCGUCAAGGAGAGAGAGAGAUUGAAAGGGAGCGGGCAUAGAGAAGCGUGUUUCAGCGAAGAAACGCACAGUUUGCAGGAGGAGAGAGGAGAGGCUGCACGUUUAUUUUCUCCCGAUCAGUUUUACGCACGCACACCGGAGCUGCCUCUUGCAGGAGAUCUUGUGUUAUCUUUUGCGCAAGAACGGACUGUUAUCGGGACAGCAUCUUAAGAGCAAAAUCAAUGGGAACUUUUUUUUCUUUCUUAAUCAUUUUAUCAAGUUAAUGCGCCAUUGGGAAAAGAGAACCAGAGCAAAAGACUUUGGGGUAUUUUAUAGAGACGAGGAGGAAACACCCGUGUUACUUUUUCAGGUUUUGUCAAACUUAAUGGUUGUCGGGAUUUGUUUCUGUUGGCUCCUGCUGGUUUCAACCAGUGAUUUCUACUUUAUUUGAAAUUUAUGAUUUGGUCUGUCAACGAGUGUGUCGACGAGGUUGUUAUUCCCACGGGCGUUGUGACUGACAGGGCUACACAGUGCUGCCGACUGUGCGCACCGCAAUGGAUUGUGAGGCUUUAAAAAUGUGUUUACAGUAGAAAUUGCGCUGAUUUCAGAUCAGUCUGCACAGAUUCGUUUCCCCAAAAGAAAGAGCACACACUAACAAAGCUCGUACAAAUAGUGUACAAAUAGUGUUCAACAAGCGCGAUAUUCUUGGAGAGCCCAGCGAACGCAACCCGGCAUUUGUGGUGGAUUUUGGGCACCGCUUGUGUUGCGCUUUAAAGAAAUAAAGAACUGUGGAAAAGGAGAGAAAAGGGGGACUUUUGACUGCAGCUUUGUCUCAGAUAUACAGAAUAAAAUCACAGAGGAAGAGAAGAGGUGGCUUUUCUCCACAUCCGAGGGAAAAAGAUGGAUUUAUUCAUAUGGCUUUGUGGAUGUUUACUGGCUUUUCUUUUGCCUUCAGCAGUCAAAGCAGAGGAAGGAGCGUCUGAGCCAUGCGGUGGCUACUUAGAUGCCAGCGAUGCUGGCUACAUCACCACCCCUGGCUACCCACUGGAGUACCCACCUCACCAGAACUGUCGCUGGAUCAUCACAGCCCCCGAGCCUUCACAACGCAUCGUCCUCAACUUCAACCCGCACUUUGAGAUAGAGAAACUGGACUGCAGGUAUGACUAUGUAGAGAUCCAUGAUGGGAACUCGGAGUCGGCUGACCUACUGGGGAAGCACUGCAGCAACAUCGCCCCUGCACCAAUAAUAUCGUCAGGGCCCUCGCUCCAUAUCAAGUUUGUAUCGGACUACGCCCACCAAGGGGCGGGCUUCUCACUGCGCUACGAAAUCUUCAAAACCGGUUCAGACUGUUCCCGUAACUUCACCAGUCCCUCGGGUCUCAUUGAGUCCCCGGGCUUCCCCGACAAAUACCCCCACAACCUGGAAUGCUCCUUCAUCAUCAUUGUCCCCCCCAGCAUGGAUGUCACCCUCACCUUCCUCACCUUUGACCUGGAGAACGACCCCCUGCCAGGCGGAGAGGGGGACUGCAAGUACGACUGGCUGGAAGUGUGGGACGGGCUCCCAGGAGUGGGCCCUCUGAUUGGUCGAUACUGUGGGACCAGGGUGCCUCCUGAGAUCCAAUCAUCUACUGGGAUUCUUUCUCUGUCCUUCCACACUGACAUGGCUGUUGCUAAAGAUGGCUUCUCAGCUCGAUACAACAUGACACACAAGGAAGUCAGUGAGACUUUCCACUGUAGUAAUGCAUUCGGUCUGGAGUCAGGAAAGAUCACAGAUGACCAGAUCACAGCCUCAUCAAGUUUCUACGAUGAACACUGGCUGCCGCGACAGGCCCGACUCAAUUACAAUGACAACGGAUGGACACCCAACGAGGACAGUAACAGGGAGUACAUACAGGUGGACCUCCAUACUUUGAAGGUGCUUACAGGCAUCGCCACCCAGGGCGCCAUUUCGAAGGAAACUCAAAAGGCUUACCAUGUCACCACCUUCAAGUUGGAGGUCAGCACCAAUGGAGAGGACUGGAUGGUCUACAGACAUGGCAAGAAUCAUAAGGUUUUCCAUGCCAACGCUGACGCCACAGAGGUGGUUCUCAAUCGGAUCCCACAGCCGGUCCUUGCCCGCUUCGUACGAAUCAAACCUCAGACGUGGAAGAACGGUAUUGCACUGCGGUUCGAACUUUACGGCUGUCAGAUUACGGAUGCGCCCUGUUCAGAGCUGCAAGGCAUGUUGUCAGGGCUGCUACCCGACUCCCAGAUCUCUGCAUCGUCCAUGAGAGACAUCCACGGCUCCAUGGGGGCAGCCCGACUGGUGGCCAGUCGAUCAGGCUGGUUUCCCAACCCGACACAGCCCAUAGCUGGAGAAGAGUGGCUACAGGCGGACCUUGGUGUGCCCAAGAUGGUGCGUGGCAUUAUUACCCAGGGUGCAAGAGGGCUGGAGGGCAGCACCAGCGCAGAGAACAGAGCGUUUGUCAGGAAGUACAAACUGGCCCACAGCUUGACCGGGAAAGACUGGACUUACAUCACUGACAGCAAGACUGGGUUUGCUAAGAUUUUCGAGGGGAACGGCCACUACGAUACUCCAGAGGUGCGGAGGUUUGAUGAGAUAGUGGCCCAGUACAUCAGAGUCUUUCCGGAGAGGUGGUCGCCUGCUGGGAUCGGCAUGAGGAUGGAGGUCCUCGGCUGUGACCUGCCUGAAACCACCACUGUACCUGACACUGUGACCCCCACCCUGCCCAGAGAGGAACAGACGACUGCUGCAAUGAGACCCGCCACCACUCCGUCCCUGUCGGCUGUAUGUGACUUUGAGCAGAGCUUGUGUGGCUGGUCGGCUGAUCCCCAAUCAGGUGUGAGCUGGUCCCUGCACACAGCCAGCAGCAGUUCAACUGGACACGGCACGCAUGGAACGAGGCAGGAUUUGGCGCUGGGAUCAGACAAUUUUUCAGGGAACUACCUCCACCUGGAUGCAGGCUCCCACACCCAGCGCAAGCGAGCCCGGCUGCUGAGCCCUGAGGUGGGGCCGGAGCGAGGCCCGCUCUGCCUCCUCUUCUACUACCAGCUCCAGGGAGAGGCACAGGGGAGCCUGAGGGUCCUGCUGAGGGACAGUGACCAGGAGGAGACAUUGCUAUGGGCUCUAAAAGGAGACCAAGGGUCUCACUGGAGAGAGGGCCGCACCAUCCUGCCCCAAAGCCCCAAGGAGUAUCAGGUGGUGUUCGAGGGUUUUUUUGAUCACCCAACCAGAGGCCACAUCAGAAUAGACAACAUCCACAUGAGCAACAGCAUCGAGCUGGAGCAGUGUACACAGCCUUUCCCUGCCUUAACUCCUGGCAUAACCAGGGGCGCCAUGUCUGGGAUGGAGCCCACAGUAGACACAGUGGCUGUGCAGCAUGUCCCUGCCUACUGGUACUAUGUGUUGGCGGGAGGCGGUGCCCUCUUGCUGCUGGUCACUGUAACCGUGGUGGUGAUACUGUGCUGCCAUCGGUACCACUGGGCGACCAAGAAGACCGGCAGUAGUCAUCAUCAUUCAGUGAUGUACCACAACAGCCAGCAACCAAAUCAGCAAGGUCACCAAAACUGCUACCAGAACCAAAACCUCUGCUAUAAUCUGAUCCACAGCCCCAACCAAAACCACCUGUACCCAGGUACUGGGCCGAGUCUUGAACCCAUGCUCACCAUCAGACUGGAGAAAGAUGACAGCCAUGAUUCCCAGUGUUGAAAACAACUGAACUACAUGUGAAUGAUAUAAUUUUAUUAGAAUGCUUUGUUCGAAUGAAGCGAUCAAAGGGUGUGAAAACUCCCUGAAAUAAAUGAUCAACAACAGUAUUCAUAAUCGCCACUCUUCACUGAUGAGAAUCUACACAGAAGAGACACUGCAGUUCCUGUUGCUGAUGACUGAUCUAAUUCACUCAUCAGGAUGCAUCUUUGCUAAACUUCCUUGUUUGCUGGAACUGGCAGAAUGUACUCCUGACAUAACAUUUUGCCAAUAUCCCUCACUUGGGAGAGUAGAUGGAAGCACUUAAAUAGACAAUUCUGAUGGCUGAUGAGGGCCUGAUAACAUUAGAGUGCAACUUUUUUGAUGUACUGAAGAGCGUACUGGCUUCUACAGCUGCACCCCAACCUGAAAAUGAAAUGCAGUAUGAUCAGAAUGACAAGUAAAUCACAGGUAGACUGCCUAACAGAGUGUGGACAAACAUAUGUACAUGCAGUGUGCAAUGUCAGUGUUGUAACAGCAAAUGUUCCUCUUCUAUAAAUGUCAGAGCAGGAUAUGUCUGUUUUCCAUGCUCUGAUCUGCAGAUCAGACACUGUCUGCCUCCAAAUACCCUGUCCUACAGAGAAGGGAUUUACACACAGGUACAGGGAGAUAGAAGUCACGAUGUGCGCUGCAUAAAGAGAGAAGGCUAUUUCUUUGGGUCUGAAUGAAGCUGCUGUUUAUUUGUCCACUAGCCUUUUGAGAAACUGAGAGUGACAGAGACAGAUUAAGUAACAGAGAAGGAAGAGGUAUAGGAGGAAUUAGUGCUGCCCAUCCAGCCGUGACAGAUAGACAGCUACACAUCCACUAUGGGUGGCUCCUUUGGUCUGUGAACAAGGAAUCAGUGUUGUGCUCUUCUCUGUCUGGUUUACACGAGGGAAAGAUAGGAUGUGACAGUUUACACCGCAUCCUGCAGACUUAGAAAAAAACACUCUCGGCAUAAAAACACACAAAGGCUCAAAAGUCUCAUAUGCACGGACACUUCAAAACUUUUCACUGGCUAAUAACUGAGUCUCAUGUGUUACCCUGAGUGCAUUUUUCAUUACUGAUAUGCCUUUUUUUAAAUGUGCUUUAAAACUAUUACCUCUUCACCUCGAGAACGAGGUUGUGCCUCAGAGUGUGAAAAGACAGUUUUUUUUUGCCUGGAUCUCGUAAUCCAAUGCCUGUGUCUGUUAAUGUUCAAACUAAACAUCUUUGUAUGUCCUGCACACAUUAGACUGUGUGAAUGAAACAAAUCCAAAAUUAUAUGUAUUGAGUAUCUAAAGCUGCGAUUAAACUUUUCUUUGAAGUCUGUGCAAGUUAAAAUCUUAACAUCUGUUAAAUCUUUGUGUGUUAUCCUAGAUGACAAAUGAAUCAUUUGUGAAAUUCAGAAUGUUUUGCAUAUUAGCCUGGUAACCUGAGAAUGUGGUCCACUUGGCUACAUAAUUGUUAGUUUUGCUUCUAUUCUACAGGUGAGACCAAAUGUAUGCUGUGAGAAAGAGCUUCUUACCUAUGAAGCCUUUUAGAAAACCAUUGAUCCAGGAUCACUGGUCAGUUCCUUUGAUCAUUUCAUUCACAGUCAAUCUGUCAAAAAAGACUGAUUCCAGUGCAGCACUACUGGCGCAGCCCUCACACACCUUUCUUGAUGUUUUCUUAAUCAUCUGCUUAACUGUAUGUGUGCUAGCAUUCACUUUUUUAAAUUUUCCCAUGUUGAUAGAGUACAGAGUUUGCAUAAAAAUGAACCAGACAAGUGUGACAUGAUGAAGUUUGGUUACACAUUAGCACUUUUCUGCUUCUUAACAAUUAUUUAUUGAUGGCUCUGAUGAUUUAUGACAAUUUCUUACAUUUAUUAUUAUUAUUAUUUACAUUUAUAUCUUAAUAUAAAAAUAAGUUGAGAAGUGUACUGGUUGUGAAUUAAGAACCUUUUUUCCCUUUGUAAUCACGUUACAGUAGGCCUACAUGUGCUUCUGAUGUAUAAUUAUAUAGUUAUACAAUGUUUAUUUCUUGUACUCACUGACUAUUGUUUUAAGGUAACAGUUACGUGGAUUGUGUUCACUGAGAUGAUCUUAACAACUUUUCUUGACUUUCAUUUGAUGUCAGAUCCUCAAGUUGAAGCCAUUUUGCAACAGCAAAUGUGUGUCCCUUAUUUACGGCACCCAGCUUCAAGCUUAAAUCAGAUAGGGACAUGAAACGGAUGCAAAUCAAUAUGUUAUGUGAAAAGUGUUCAGAUGAUGUAAAAACAAAAAAACAAAAUGAUAUGUUUGGUUUUGGAUUGAGAAGCCCAGUAUCAACUUCUGUUCAGAUUCACGUCUGUGAAAUUGGGCGCACCACUUUGGUACUUAUUUUCUGGAAUUAUCAGCAGCUCAAAAUCUUGUAUUGUGUGCUACCCCCCUACAUCAUUUUGGUCAUGCUCAAAUCGCCCAGCCUUUUUAUCAAAACCCGCUUGUUCCUAUUCUACUCCUUCCCUUCAUCGCAAAUCCUCCCAGUAAAAAACACAGGAGACAAAAUGAGAGGCAGAAAUGGAGGAGAGCAAAAUCUCUCAGAGGAGAAGGGCCCAUUAAGCGAGCCCCCUUUCCCUCCAAAGAAUGCGCCCAGAGAUGGAGGAAGAUGAAAGAAGUAAAAAAAAACAAAAAACAAACCUGCACUCUAUACUUUCUAAAGAUAGAUUUUUCUCUUACUCCAAGAGGAUGGCUAACAGGGAGGCAGGUUGGGGUUUGGAUUGAAGGAGGGAGAGAAUUGAAGGAGGAGGGCAGGUUGUUUCAAACACAAAAGCAGAUGAAAGAAGUCUUUUGGCAGAAUAGACAGUGUGGUGGAGACACACAUUAUAAGCACGGCACGCACACACCAUCUAACAAACACAAAACCUGUGUUAGCAAAGAAUCCAGAUUUCCAACAAAUGCAGUCCUUUAAAUCAUUGUUUUAUGCAUCUACCUGCAGCUCUCCAUAUUGACUUAUUUCAUCAAAUUGUGUCUCAUAAAAUGUGUUUUUGUGUUUUAGUCAACGAGUAUUUUAGUGAUUUUAUGCUUGCAUAUCCAUCCCCUUUCCUUUCCAUUUCAAUCGACUUGUAUAUGAUUUACACAUUAUAUGACUCAUUCUAGCAGCCCUGUGCUGUAACCCAAUCAAUGUGGGUCCGAAAUUCAAACAGAGGAAUAAUAUAUAACUAUAUUUAUGUUGUGCUUCCCAUGCACUUUUCUCUCAUUCUCUCUCUCUCUCUCUCUCUCUCUCUCUUUAUCAAACUUUUUGCAAGAUUUUGAAAAUGUGCUGGCAUCUUGUCAUGCAGCGCUUUUAAAUCAACCUUCCCUCACUCCCCUCUCCCUUCUCCAUCACAAACUACUUUGAAGCCCUUUAAUAUUUCUAAUUAGGUAAUGGAGCUGAUUGCAUUCAUAAAACCCUGUGGUAAGCAUUUCUAGCCCUCAGGCCAUCUCUGUUUUUUUUUUCUUUCUGCCUCCUCCUCCUCUGUUUCCUGGAGAAAUAUUACGAGUGAAAGCACUCUAACAGGUCCUCAAGCCCCCACUGGAACAGUGUAUGGUGCCAAAGAGCCAUCCAUGUCUUUGCCUGAAUAAUAAAAGAAGCCCCCUUUUUAUUCUUCUCUUUACUAAUUGGAGAGUGGAGAUAAAAUGGGACUACAGGGAGUUUUAAUCUCCUUUCAGAUCCGUGUGAUGAUUCUUCUCAGGAUCCUAGCCUGAGGGCUUUAAGCCAGGAUCAUUAGAAAGUGUUCAACAGUCGUCCAAAGAGUGUCCGAGCAUCUCUCUUUUUUAUCCUUCUUCUUUUACUAUCUCUCAGUUAGUGAUUUAAUGUUUUGUCAUGGCCCGUAGUGAUUUCAGUUGACUGUGAGAAAGGAGAAUUUAGAGCCUGGAGGGUCUGUACAUUUACACAAUCAGAAGACAGAAGGGAAGACUGAUUAGACACUUUUAUGUGCAUGUACUAAGCGUGGUCUUACAUGAAGAGUACAUUUCAUUAAGACCUCCAUAAAAUAUUAUAAUUUACAGCGUGACUACUGGGAUUAGCCAUAUUUAGCUCAGCAGGUUUCCAUUGUUUCGGGGCUAACUGCCUAUUCGGCACAUUAGCAGCUUUUUUUUUUUUUUUUCAUUGAAUAACAUGACAGCAUUAUUUUAUUUAGUAGGAUGGUUGAGACUUUUGCCAACAUUAUUUGAAGUCAUGUUCAUAAUCUGCAGACCAUUCUGGAGUUUUCCAAACUUGCAUGCUUUGACAUGUCUGUCCGGUUGGUCAGAUAUUUUUUGUAUUUCCUUUGUUGUCAUUUGUCACUUUUCGCCCUCAUUUUCGGUGAUGUGAAAUCACACAUUUGAGGGGUAAAGUAUGUUUUUGGAAAAUCUACCUUGAUGAUGUCAUUUUUAUCAAAUGAUGAUGUUGUUAUUCUUUGAUUUCUUGUUCUAAUAAUUGAGGGGGUUUUUAUUAGUCAGAAAGAUUUUUCUCGAUGUAAAUCUGUUGGAAGCAGCAAAGACUGAUCUUUCUGACACGUGGCCUCAGCAAGGGACGAAUUUGAAUUAGUUUUAAUUCACACUGUGGCUAGUUUAGACUCACUUAGACUGAAUAAAACCAGCCUUGAAGUGGUAAACUGCUUAAAUAUUCAUCCCUGGCUUCAGCCACAUCACUGUUAUAUUUACUCCUGUGCACUUUCUCUGCCUCUGUGAAGGAAAGACCUCGACUUUAUGAUUGUCUUUUUGUCUUGCGCUGGAUUUCACUCUCUUGCACUUCAAGCAAAUUAAAUAUUGAACUACAGAGAAACAUAUAAAGCCAAUAGAGGCACCCAUACUCACAAUCAAAUAAUUAAAUAAGCAAAUACUCAACAACCAAACAUCUGAGAAUGAAUACACUCCAUUUAGCAUAGGAUUUGUUGGUUGCUGUAAUAUUUGAAUUGAGUCAGUUUCUUUUGUUUAUUCUGUAAUUGGGUUUGGAAGUCAAUUUUGGGUCAAUUUUAAACAAUUAAAGAUGUGAUUGAGUCACUUCUUUAAUUAUCUGGAAAUUACCUCAUAUUUAAUCCAUGAGCAAAUAUUUUCAUUUCACAGAAAGCAGGUCUCAGUUAAAAGUAUUAAUCUCUUGCUAUUAUUUACAGACUGAAGAGUAAUGGAAGUUCGUAAAGGCUGUUUUUAGAAGGCAUAAUCUGGAUGCCACAUGUUAAAAUUGUCUGAUAGAAAAAUGACCUUAUCUAACAGAGGAAAUGAGGCUCUGUAUCUUUUUUUCAUAUCUACUAAAUUAGUUUUUCACCUCUUGUCUUUUGAAUAUCUAUUACGGUUUCACUUUAUAAUGUGUUUUUGGUUCCUUUGCCCCAGCAAUAAAUGAUUAUCAGUUGCCCAGAUACUGCUUUAUUUUCUUCUGAGGAUUGUAAUAUCAAUUUCCUUGAACAGAGCUGAAUUGAAGCAGAAUUGAGCUUCCAAACCCUUCAAAGCCUUGCACUUCGGCCUCCCUCAGAAAUAUAAUGUGGUAUUUUAGCUUGUUGAAUUUCAUGGUCUUGGAAUAGAAGAGAAAAUAUAUUGUGGGGAAUGUGAAGGUAAUAAAAGUGAUAUUUUUCUAUGAACA